AUGACCUCUGAUAGACAAUCAGCUCCUCGAAAACGCAGGCAUAGUAAGGCCUGUACGCGCUGUCGCAAACGCAAGAUUCGCUGCGAUUUCCAGUAUCCAAAAUGUGGCGCGUGUACUAUUGCAGAUGCAACAUGCCUAGGCUAUGAUUCAGUUCAUGGCGCCAAUCAACCUCGAAGUGCUACAUCUCAUCUCGAACAAGAAGUCGCUCGUUUGGAGGCUGAACUAGAACGCAUUAAUCGUCAGUCGAAGACUCACGUCGAUGUUGCAAUCGAGGCAGUCGACAAGCUCUCCACAGACCUUGCAACCACCGUCGUCUUGCCUCAAGGCCUGACACGAAAGCAAGAAAUCCAGCCUCCACUCACCUCAUCAUUCUUUCUAUCCGGCUCGCCUCCGCCAUAUCUAAUCGAGUGGUCUCAUGAAUAUGGCAUUUCCGACCAUGAAGAGGACGGCUCCUCCUCUCAGAUCAAACUCUCUUCGGUUCCAGAUCAUGUCGUCAAUACAAUGUUGAAGCAUUACUGUGAGAUAUAUCGUCCCCUGUAUCCUGCGGUCGAAGAGACAGAUCUAUUCGAAGCAUACGACAGGGUUUACAACAACAAGUCCCCGUCUCCUUUUGAUAUCUUCUGUGUCCAUAUCACUUUGGCCAUUAGUAUGCAGACGUUGAUGCACCGCGAUGAGAAACGUGCGACAUCAGCUUCAUAUGGAUUUUGGUCGACCGCGGUUGGGAUCCUUCGACAGGCCGGGAUCACGGAUCUCUGGGAGAGGCUGCAAGUCUUACAGCUGCUUACUCACUACGGUUUCCUAAAUCCCAAGCAUGUCGAUUGUUCCAAGUGCGCUGCCGCUGCGACGAGGCUAUGUUUACAGCUGGGGCUUCAGCAUGAGAUACCACUGUCUUUGCAGAAGAACCUUGAUCCUGCUGCACUGAGUAGCAGAAGAAGGAUCUUUUGGCAUUCGUACAAUAUUGAUUGCGCAGUCCACACAGUUCGAUGUCGACCAUUCUUAUGGCCUAGGUCAGCCUCGACGGCUCAGUUCUCUGAUACGGACUCACAAUCGUCUACAAGUCGACAGUUUUGCCUGCUCAGGGAGAUAGAGUCUGAGAUUGCGUGGGCAAUGUACUAUCCCACGUUGGUUGUUGACGAUCUACCCUGGAAUGGCUCUUUUCGCCAAUGGUUCACGGGAGUUCAUGAACGCUUGAAUAUGUGGUACCAAACAACGCAUCAGAGCAUAAACCACGGCGAAAAAAUCCAGUUUCACGAAUUACUGUACCAAUGUCAGAUCAUGAGACUCAAUCGCCCGUCGCCACGGUGUCCCAAUCCCACCCUUGAGAUGCGGAAGAAAACCGUGCAAUCAGCCACAGCCGUGCUCAAAGAGUUCGGCACGAUAGAGAGAGUUGGGAAGCUCUUCAAUAUCUGGCAUGCUUCUUACUUCAUGAUGGAAUCGGGAUGCUGCAUACUUGGUAUCAUCCUAAGCGCCAUGGAAACAUCCCGAGAUGGCGGUUCACGACUCGAGGAGGAUGAGAUGUCUAUCUUGAGCAGAUAUCUACCGACCCUCCCUCAUCUUCUCUGGAAACUGUCGCGACGUUGGCCUGAUGUCGCACAACAUGCGGCAGUUAUGAACACCCUCUGCGAGACGAGCCUGGAGAGAUUCGAUUCAUGGUCCAAAGGGAAAACCGUGGACAGAGCCGAAAUUGCUCGUCUGAAGCACCAACUACUUCAAAACUCACGGUUCUCACCCCUUCCCGCGGAUACCUCAGAGCCUGGGGAUACCUCAGAGCCAUUCUUAUUCCCAGAAAUGUAUCCAACGUUUUUAGAGCCGGGUCUUCCAAAUGAUGCCCAACUCAAUUUUGACCCUCUUGAGCUCGUGGUUCCAGCCGGGGAUGGGGCAUCAAACACCGCUUGGAUCGAUCCCCAGGUGAUCACUAUGCAGGAUACUUCGAACAUACCCGACAUCUAUGGCUUCCAUAAUGACGAUGCUUUGAUCUGGGACUUUGAAGGGCUUGAUUCCGAGGAGAUAUUGGCUGCCCUGGCAUGGUAGGCGAUAUUCUAUGGUGUGGAGCGGAGGAUGAGG